UUUCGCGCAGCCGGCGACGACGUGGAAAUGCCGGAAGCGGCAGGAGCUUCGGGUCCUUUAGCCGUCGCGGAUUAUCAGGCAGGACACGUGUUCGAAGUGGCCGACGGAGCCGACAGCAAGACGACUUGGGAAGCGAUCGAGGCUCAGCUCCAAGCGCAUUUCGGCUCCACCGAUUACGUGGUCAUGAGGAGGAACAGCAUGAGGAGUGUCACCCAGGGGCAACAACGACAAGGUUCUGAUGAAGCACCCUACCUGGAGCAGCGGGGUUCUGGGGACUAUGCUCAAGUUCUUUGAGCCAAUUGGGCAGGCGCUCAAGCAACUCGGAGCAAGCAACUACGCCUUGGAUGUAACCAAAUCGGAGGCGGUAGCAGCCAUGACGUACGCGACGGAACGGCUCGCCCAGGGCUCGGAUGCAGUGACAGCUCUGCUGCCGACGCUAAGCCGCAUAAGAGGGCGGCGUGCGUUUCGCCACCGCUCCGGAUUCGAGGGACUUGCCAAAUAUCGACGACAACGGUGGCGACGAUGCCACCAUGUAAGCUCGGACAUCUCUCCCCGCCUUUUGCGCUUUGCUGCACGGGCAGGACAUCACGGAAGUGUACAAGAUAUCCUUUCGUUCGGGCGGUGCGGAUGGGCGAGCCCAUCUCGUCGUGACGGGGCC